AUGGCAGCAGUACCCGUACCCGCGGGUACCCGCCCCGCCCCUACCCGGUCGGGGCGGCUCUUCUCUUCUCCUCUCCAAGACCAUAGCGUCGCCGCCUUGGUUCAGAUCAACCAGUGCUUGCCGUCGAACCUCCGCCAGUUCCGCGAAUCGUUCAAGCCGCCUGUGCCUGUCGCUCCUCCUCCGCUCAGCUCGUCUAGUCGUCUCUGCCAUCUUCGCAAGUCGCAACUCGUGGAAUCAUCUAAUUCGUCUCAGCACCGCUCCUCCCUCUGCCACCUCCGCUACCUCCGGUCGACCCUCUCCUCCCGUGUUCGUCCUAUCUUUGCUCCCUCCAGUCCUUGCAUUCACAACCUUCGCCGCCGCUAUCGCCGCCUACAACUCCGCCGUCUCCGCACACUUCCUGCUCCCGGAGUAUUUCCCGGUUCUCAGGGCUUCUUCUCUGCGUUACGAGCUCACCGCACCCGCCCUGGCCCUCCUUCUUGUUUUCCGAACCGAGGCUUCAUACGCAAGGUUGUUAGCAGGGAUAUUCCUUCUAGCACUCUGAUCUCUCUUAGUAUAAUCAAAGCUGUUAAAUUUUUAAAUGUCAAUCUGAUCAUGGAAGCACUUGAUUUUGGGUUAUUCAAGAAUUAUUAUCAGCUUAAACUAAACUAUAAGGUGUUUUCAAAUUACUUCAUGGCUAGUAAUGCUAGAGAAGACACACAAAGCAACAGUGUUGCUCCAAAUGAUAAUGAAGUUGAAGUUCAAAGUAAUGCUAAUCCAACUUCAGAAACUCCACAAGCAACGGAUAAUGUCUCAACUCCAGAAGGAUCAACUCCUAAUGAAGGUGACAAUAAGACUCAUGUUAAGAGUGCUUACUGGGAGUAUUUUGAUCGUUUGAAAGUUGAAGGAGAAUGGAAGGCGAAAUGCAAGUUUUGCAAGACUGUGCUUAGUGCAAAUCCGAGGAAUGGUACCAAGUCAUUGCGGAACCAUGUGGAUCGAUAUUGCAAGAGAAUAAAGGUGGCAAACUCUAGGCAAUCAUCAAUUGUUGAAUCAUUGUCAAAACAAUCACAAAAGCAAAAAUUGAGUGAAGAUGGUUUUGUGUUUGAUCCUUCAUUUACAAGAAAAUGUGUUGCUGAAAUGAUUAUUUUGCAUGAGUAUCCUAUGAGUUGUGUGGACCACCAUGGAUUGAGGCGAGCUUUUGCUUCAAUGCAACCAACUUUUAAAAUGCCUAGUCAAAACACUAUCAGAAAAGACAUCUUGAAGAUGUAUGGGGACGAGAAGCAGAAGUUAACACUUCAACUAGAUGAAAAUGAUAGUAGAGUUGCAAUAACUACUGAUAUGUGGACUUCCAACCAAGAAAAAGGAUACAUGGUUGUCACAGCUCACUAUAUUGAUACUUCGUGGAAGUUGCAUAUGCGCAUAUUGAGCUUUUGUUAUGUUCCUUGUCCCCAUACAAGUGAAGUUCUCACUGAAACGUUGAUGAAAAUAUUGUUAGAAUGGAACAUUGAUAGAAAAUUGUCCACUAUUACAUUGGAUAACUGUUCUACUAAUGAUGCUAUGAUAGAUGGACUGUUGGGGCGUUUGGAUUCUUCAUUCUUGAUGUUAGGGGGUAAAUUAUUACAUAUGCGUUGCUGUGCUCAUAUUUUGAAUUUGAUUGUGAAGGAUGGCUUAAGUAUUGUUAAGGAAAGUAUAGAAAAGAUUCGUAGUAGUGUAUUGUAUUGGACUGCAACACAGAAAAGGACCGAAACUUUUGUGAGUUGGUGUGCUAAAACAGCGAUCUCAUUUACUAGGAAAUUAGUUCUUGAUUGCCCAACUAGAUGGAACUCAACUUAUUUGAUGUUAGAAACUGCUUUGUUGUAUAAAGCUGUCUUUCCUAGGUUAAGGCAGAAGGAACCCCAAUAUAAAACUGUGCCAAGUAAUGAGGAAUGGGAACUUGCGAAGGAAAUAUGUGACAGAUUGAAAUUGUUUUAUGAUGUAACUCAACUGUUUUCUGGGUCUAAAUUUCCGACUGCUAAUCUUUAUUUUACUUUGGUUUGUAAAAUAAAAGUGUCAUUGGAUGAAUGGGAAAUUUCUACUAAUCCGUUAAUUGCUAAUAUGGCAUCUAACAUGAAGAAGAAAUUUGAAAAGUAUUGGGAUGAAAUUCAUGGCAUUAUGGGUGUUGCUGCUGUUUUAGACCCUAGGUACAAGAUGGUUGGGGUUGAGUUUCAAUUUGAAAAAAUGUAUCCAGAUCCAACAGAAUGCUCCAAGCAAGUUGAUAGAAUUCAUCAGUUGUGUAAUGAGUUGGUUAAUGAAUACACUCAAAAAAUGAGUUCGGAUGUGUCACAUGUCAGUGUUGGUGUUGGUACAAAAGAACUUAAUGAAAGUGGAAAUGCAAGUUCAUUUGGGGGUGAUGAUUACAUGGUGUAUCUUAAAAGAAGAAAAAUGACAAGGAGUUCAUAUGUGAAUGUUGAGCUUGAUCAUUAUCUUGAGGAGGAAAUUCAUCCUCCAAAUGAUCCUAACUUUAAUGUUUUGAAAUGUACAAGUGGUCGUGUGAUUUCUCCUCAUCGUGCAAAGCUCAAACAAGACAUAAUUGAAGCUUUGAUGUGUGGCCAAAGUUGGUUGUGGGCACCUUUGGGAAGUAAAGGUUUAAAUCUUGAUUUGCAAACUUUUAAUGAUGAUGAAGAUGUUGAAAGUGAUCAAGAAUAA